CUCUACCUACCUACCUACCUACCUACCUAGUACACACACGUUGUUGGGUUGGUUUCAGUGUUUUUUGGUAGUCGUUUUUUUUUUGGAUUUACCGCGAUCGCUGUAUUAUUCCUAUAUUGCGACGACGGUAAUCAAAGUGUGAUUACCGACCGAUCAUCAUUGCUUCGGGCACGGGCGUGGUUCGAAUCAGGCCCGUGUGGAUCAUGUGCGAGUGGUUGUGUUAAGGGGGGUAGCGAUGCGGUCUAGCUAUAAGGUUGGCCGGUGAUCGGUUAAGGCUCUGCAGAAGUGCUUCGUCCAGGUGUCGGUAAAGAAGUGUCGGUUGCGCGAAGUGUGGACGGUGAAGACAGUGCCAGUGCAGGGAAGAAGUGAGUGUGGCUUGUACGUUCCGCCUCGCACUGAUUGAGAAUCGGUGUUUUCUCUAGUGAAAGAAUUAUUUGCACUGUUGUUUGCCCGUUUGGCUGGAAAGUAAACUUAAACGAUAAUUUAUGUGCAUAGAUUGUGUGGGACCGCGGCCGGCGGGUGCGAUGCGACAAGAAGGAAACAUUAACUGAAGCGUCGCUGGAGUGUGUCUCCGUUCGCAUUCAACAGUCCCAUUAUUACCCGGUGAAUCUUUAAACUUUAACUCAUUGCUGAGUUGUGUUUUUUGUGUGUGAACGCUGGUUUUUUUUUGCAUUGCUUGUUAGUGAGUGAAGUGAAGAGUAACAAUAAAAACUGCUGACUUUCGCGCUGGCGCAGGUGUAAUAAAAAACUGCUGUUUUGUUGAGGAUUGGUGUGCAUCUAUGCAAAAAGGACAAAUUUUACUUUAACCGUAACCAAAAGGGAAACAUUGCUGAUUCUUUUGAUGGUGGUUACAUCGUGAUUUUCUCAUUUGCCAGGAUUUGAAUGCACAUUCUGCUUUCAUAUCGAAUCCAUUCCUCGUAACAGCUAGGGAAACAGUGUUUAACCUGAGAGGCACCAUUUAGUUCAGUCAUUCGCCAAACCUCCAAACCAUCCCAGAUGUCUCAACCGAAAGAAGUGGAAAUGAACACGAUGCACCGGGUUGGCUCGGCCAACCGGUUCCAGGUCAACCCGGUUAACCAUGACCACGGAGACGGUGGUGAUCGGGGAGGAGGUGGUGGUGGUGCCAACGGACACGCAGACGUCACCACCGAAGAUGAUACCUUCCCGGAGGAGCUGGUGAAACGGCGCACUUCGAGGCUCCAAUCGCUACGCACUAGCUUCCGGGGGGACAAGGAACAGCGGAAAAACUCACAAACCACACGGUUCAAGAUGGAAAACGGGGACGCGUCCGAUUCUAAUGAGGACGAGGAGGAUAAUCUGAUUGACGACAACAAAUACGCGAGAAGUUUUAGGCACUUUACGAGGGAAGCCCUCCCACGUGCAGAUAACUAUAGGAACAUCCUCUCCUUCCAAGCAAACAAUCGUCCGACGUUGGACGAGCUCCAUCAUGCCUCCAUUACGAACAAGGAAACCAUGCGCCGGGGGACGGUGGCCCAGGUGGAGCUGGGCGAGACGGAGGGCGUCGUGAAGUUCGGCUGGAUCAAGGGCGUCCUGAUGCGCUGUCUGCUGAACAUCUGGGGUGUGAUGCUGUUCCUGCGGCUGAGUUGGGUGGUCGGCCAGGCCGGUGUCAUCCAGGGCGUGAUACUGAUUUCGGUCACCACCGUGGUGACGACGAUUACGGCUCUCUCGAUGUCGGCCAUCAGCACCAACGGGGUGAUAAAGGGUGGCGGAACGUACUACAUGAUAUCGCGCUCACUGGGGCCCGAGUUUGGCGGCUCGAUUGGGUUGAUCUUUUCGCUGGCCAAUGCGGUGGCCUGUGCCAUGUACGUGGUCGGGUUCUGCGAAUCGAUGACCGAUAUGCUGAAAAGCUUCGGGCUGGAGAUAAUUGACGGCGGUGUGCAGGACAUUCGGAUUAUCGGUUUGAUAACGAUUGUGAUCCUGCUGGGAAUCGUCGUGAUUGGCAUGGAGUGGGAGGCGAAGGCGCAGGUCGUUUUGCUGUUCAUUCUGCUGAUUGCCAUUGCUGAUUUUAUUAUUGGAACGCUCAUCGGACCGAAAUCCGAGCUGGACACGGCUAAAGGCUUCGUUGGGUAUAAUGGUACGCUCCUCAUGGAAAACCUCCAGCCCGACUACCGCCCGGUCAAGGGAACCCAACAUGACUUCUUCUCGGUGUUUGCCAUCUUCUUCCCGGCUGCGACGGGAAUUCUGGCCGGUGCCAACAUCAGUGGUGAUCUGAAGGACCCCUCGAAGGCCAUCCCCAAAGGUACCAUCCUGGCCAUCGUCAUCACGUCCGCGUCGUACAUCGGAAUGGCCAUCAUGGCGGGGGCAACCGUGACGCGGGAUGCCACGGGAAACCUUACGGACGUUGCGAAUGGGUCGUGGGCGUUUGCUGAGUGUGCUCCUGAGGAGUGUGAUUAUGGUUUGCACAACUCGUUCCAGGUCAUGGAAUUGGUGUCGGCUUUCGGGCCGGUUAUCUAUGCCGGAUGUUUCGCGGCUACGCUGUCAUCGGCUUUGGCCAGUUUGGUGUCCGCGCCGAAGGUGUUUCAGGCACUGUGCAAGGAUAAGCUGUAUCCAAAGAUUGGAUGGUUUGGAAAGGGAUUCGGGAAGAAUAACGAACCUGUGAGGGGAUACAUUCUGACUUUUAUCAUUUCGGUGGCUGUCAUUCUGAUUGGAGAGCUGAAUCUGAUUGCUCCACUGAUUUCGAACUUCUUCCUCGCUGCGUACUGCUUGGUGAACUUCAGUACCUUCCACGCCAGUUUAGCCAAACCUGUUGGUUGGCGACCAACGUUUAAGUAUUACAACAUGUGGCUCAGUUUGAUUGGUGCCAUCCUGUGCAUUGCCGUGAUGUUCUUGAUUUCUUGGCCAACGGCCUUGAUUACGUUUGCAGUUGUUCUUACUCUGUAUCUAUUCGUGUCCUACCGUAAACCGGACGUCAAUUGGGGAUCAACAACGCAAGCGCAAACCUACAAGAACGCCCUCAUGUCCGUCCAACAGCUCAACAACGUGGAAGACCACGUCAAGAACUACCGACCGCAGAUCUUGGUCAUGUCUGGUCACCCCAGCAGUAGACCCCUCUUGGUUCACUUCUCCUACCUGCUGACCAAGAAUCUCUCGCUGAUGGUUUGUGGUCACGUAAACAAGGCCCAAACAUCGCAGAAGUUCCGGAACUACCUACAACGGAAAGCCACCGAUUGGUUCCGCAAGCACAAGGUCAAAGGUUUCUACACCUAUGUGGACGAUAAUGACUUCGAAACUGGAGCUCGAGCUGCCAUGCAAGCCAGUGGAAUCGGUAAGCUCCGUCCCAAUCUCUUGCUGCUGGGCUACAAGAACGACUGGAGAAAGUGCGACUCGGUGGAGCUGGAGCAGUACUUCAACGUGGUGCACAAGGCACUGGAUAUGUACUUAUCGGUGGCUAUUCUACGGGUUGCCAAGGGGUUGGAUUACUCGCAGGUGCUCGGAGAGGAUACGGCAGCGAAGCAAAUUGCCGAAACACCAAGGACGCUGCUGCACAAUGACAGUUCGAACGAUCUGGCCGGUCAGAACAAGAUCAAUUCGCUGCAUGGAAGCUGCGACUCGUUGAGUCGUAAUAUUUCGCAAGGACCAGAACAAAACAACGUGCACGAGAAGAACGAAAAGAAUCUCAAAGCCAGCAGCACCAGCGAUUUGACCGCCGGAACGCCACGUAUGCAGACCGUGUCCGGAAUGCCCGACCCCAUGGAUAUUAAUGCGAAACUUUUGAACGAGACCAACAACCGUUCGCUGAAACGCACCAACAAUGAUCCGGCCCUACUCUAUCGCGGCCCAGGCGGUGCCGAGUUGCCCAAGGAAGUCCUGGACGAGCUAACGCAAUUCACAAGCAAAAAGAAGCACGGCGUUAUCGAUGUCUACUGGCUGUACGACGACGGUGGUCUGACCCUCCUCCUUCCGUACAUCAUCAGCACCCGGCGCAAUUGGAGCUCCUGUAAGCUGCGGGUGUUUGCCCUGGCCAACCGGAAAGCCGAGAUGGAGUUCGAACAACGGAAUAUGGCCAGUUUGUUGGCCAAGUUCCGAAUUGACUAUUCAGAUCUGACGCUGCUGCCGGACGUGAACAAGAAACCAUCCCAAACCAUGGCCGGUUUCUUCAAGGAGCUCACUCGGGACUUUACCGGGGAUGAUGGUGCCAUCUCCGAAGCGGAACUACUGGCCGUCCAGGACAAAACGAAUCGCCACCUCAAUCUACGCGAGUAUCUACUGGAGCAUUCCAAGAAGUCGGACCUGGUCGUAAUGACCUUGCCGAUGCCCCGGAAGGGAGUCGUUUCGGCCGCACUCUACAUGGCCUGGCUGGAAACCCUAAGCCAAGGGUUGCCACCAUUCCUGUUUGUCCGUGGUAACCAGACCAGCGUACUGACGUUCUACUCUUAAAGGGCACAAGAUAGGAAUGAGUUAUGAGUAUUUUAGAGUUGGAGUAUAGAUUGUCCAUAUGUGCACACUUACAGUUUAGUUUUCGGCUUGGAGCAGUCGUUCCAGCUUUGACGUUUAACUUGGAUCGAAAGAUGGAAACGUAACAUCUCCAUAACUUAUUCUCACAAUUACGGUUUCAUUAAGUUAAAGCAUUUACAACGCACAAUGAGCAAAGCAGAACCGAGAGAUUUGAUAAUUACCGGAUUAUAACAACUGCAGUUUUUAAUUCGUUUUGCUCAUGCAAAUAAGCGUUAAAGGAACGAUUUCACGUUUAUAAUCAAGACAUUUUAGUUGAUUAUGUUUAACAGGCAGCUAUUUGUAAGUUAGACUUAUGUUUUAGAUGAUUCCUCAUUGGUUUCCCAUAGAUUAGGGUCCUUUUAAAUCAUAUUUUUUUUUUUUGUUAGAAAACAUUUCCCAUAUCACGUAGGUAAGUGACAAAUCCAACAAUACAUGUUAAUGGUCAGAAGAUUUCAUUUGACAGACAGCUAGACGAUGAUUUCAAACCCUCCUUCCGAUACGCAGAAAAUUCUUCCUUUAUGUAUUGGUAUGCAUAUUACUUAUCUUUGUUUUUCUUUUUUUUUAUCUGUAUUAACGAGAUUUUUAGCCCUGGGCUAGUUUCAUCUCGGGACCCACGCUUUACUUCCCUUCCGAAGAAGGACUCGCAUUUUGCGAGUAUGUCGGGAGUGGGAUUCGAUCCCAGGUCCUCGGCGUGAUAGUCAAGUGUUCUAACCAUCACACCAGAUCCGCUCCCGUUUUUCUUUUGUUUUAUUUAAUUUUAUCAAUAUUAAACACGAUUUUAAUUGGUAUUGACGCAAGAGAUGCAAACUCAUAAGCUCGUUUCAUUAUAUGCAAAGAACUUACAGUUAAAAACGAGAGUUAAACUCUCUGGUGCAAAAACAAAGCUAACACUUAUGAUGAGAUGAUAUACAACGGAAACCCAGUGUACACCACGAAAAGUAAAAACUCCCUUAUCUUGUCGAGUGUCAGAACGAGCGCAUUAGUUACACUAGGGCGAAGCCUUCAGUUUGAUGAUAUGAUAUUGUAAGUGCGGGUGUUCUGCCGUUAUAGAAGCUGUUACAUUUCCGAGGCGAGUAUAGUUUCGUGUCUGCGAAACAUGCAUUUUUCAGUUUCUGUUUCAAAAUGUGUUGCAUGCAGGCAGACGGAAGGAACAAAAUCACGGCGAAGUGAAAGACACAUUUUCAGUAUUAAAUAAAAUAAUGUUGUUUUGGAACGAAGCGCGAAAUAAAAUCCACCCAAUGGCUUCCACAAAUUCAAGAA